UUGUGACAAACUUCAGUUCAGUCUUGUCUGAGUUGUCAUUGACUAUCGUGUUCUUCAUAUGUGACACAUUAUAUACAUAAUGCAAAAAACUAAUAACAAUCGACAAAGAUCUCUGCUGGGUUUUAAAAACAUACGGAUUUAGUUUAACACAAAAAAAAUCUAAAACAUUCACUUGUGAAUAAAUUUUAUCAUUAUUGAAGCAGAAUAUUUAAUAAUCCAUCCAAGUUAUUUUUCUCCAAAAUGGCUCUAAAUGAAGACGAAAACACCUGGGCAUUGGAAUUAGAAGCAGCUCUUUUGGACGCGGAGUCACUCUCAGCAUCAGAUAUUUAUGCUAUGACAAAAGGCCAGCCGAUUCCUGCUCAUUUGAGGCCAGAUGUUUGGCAAGCAUGCCUAGAUGUCACGAACAGAGGGAACCAGUUGAUUCAUUUUAAUGAAAUAUUUGAUCUUCCUGAGCAAAAUCUUAUCAGAAAAGAUUGCCAGCAGCUUGUUGAUAAGUUGGGCAAUGAUGACUGCGAUAAAGUGUCUGUGCUAUCUGACUUGGAGUCGAUAGUAACAUUCUACUGUAAAAGCCGCGGUAAAAAAUACGAGACCGGUAAUGGGUGGUUGGAAUUACUGGGACCACUGAUAUCUUUAAAGUUACCUCGUUCUGCUACGUACAAUUUAUUCGAGGCCAUCAGAGACGUCUAUGUCCCGCGAGGUGACACACACAGUUCUAUACUUCGACUUCUAUUGCUGUAUCAUGACCCAGAGUUGUGUUCUUUCCUCGACACCAAACGCGUUUCUCCUGAUCAAUAUACCAAAGGAUGGAUUAAUACACUUUUUGCAGGUGUAUGUACGUUGCCUGUUAUUCACACAAUAUGGGAUCUUUAUUUUAUGCAGGAAGAUCCUUUUUUUAUGUUGUUUUCAUCACUUGUUAUGGUUGUUAAUGCAAGAGAAAAAAUUUUAAGUAUGAAAGACGACGAUAGACAAAAUAUAAUAGACACAUUAUCAGCAAUGCCACGAGCAAUAGAAGUUGAAGAUGUUCCUGACUUUUGUUCGUUAGCGCAAUACUACAAGCUAACAACACCAACUUCAUUUAAACAAGAAUUGUAUCCGAUAAUGUUUGGGGAGGGUGGUGAUGAAAAAUUUAUAUCACAUGCUUUGUGUUUGCCAGUAACAGCUGAAGAAUUAGUGGAAAAUACCAUUGAAGCACCGCAAUGUUCAAGUAUUCCUUCCGAGUCGGUUCGAUUUUUCCUAGUGGAUUGUCGUCCAGUUGAGCAGUACAAUGCUGGUCAUUUGCCUACUGCAUUUCAUCUAGAUUGUAACUUGAUGCUCCAAGAGCCUGCGGCAUUUGCGACCGCUGUUGACGGAUUGUUGCGAGCCCAACGACAAGCGUUAGCCAUUGGUUCGAAUGCCGGUGGUGAACAUUUGUGCUUCGUCGGUAGUGGCAGACAAGAGGAAGAUCGCUACACUCACAUGGUAGUCGCAUCCUUUUUACAAAAGCACACCCAGUAUGUCAGUAUGGUGAAAAAUGGCUACCAAGCAAUUCACGAGUACUUUGGUGAUGAAGUUAUCACUAAUUUAGUCGACCACAAUUUUCAGCGAUGCUUAAUUUGUAACUCUAAUUCCUCGGAGGGUAACUCGAAAAAUACCAGUCCAACUAAAAAUAAAAGCAAUUCCGAUUUGUUUGGUAAAAUAGGAAUGGCUAUGAAACUCAAGAGUCAAGAGGUCAAGGGCAAAUUGUUUGACUACAUCGUUAAUCCGUCGACUAGUGUCAAUAGUAGUAAUAAGGAUGAUAGUAAAAAAGAAGAUGAGCCUUCCAAACGGUCUAAACCGACUAUGCCUGUUUUUAGUAUCGAUGAUGUUCAUGAUCCAGAUAUGGUUAUUAGUAAUCCGGAAAAUGAACAACCUGUUGAAGUUGUUUCUAUAAGUCAGUGGUUGAAAAAUCCACAAUUGUUACAUUCCUUCAAGUGUCAAGAAGUUAAAGUUAAUGGAUAUGUUUAUGAAAGCCAUUUAUUAGUUACCGAUAGCCAUCUUAUAGUCCUAAGAGAGAUCCAAGAACGCAGAGAUGCAGCGCAUGUCAUUGUUAAACGUCCACUGUCAAAUAUCGUUAGAAUAACAUCGCGUAAACAUCAUCCAGAUUUAAUAACAUUUAAAUACGGUACUACACAGAGUGAUAUGCUAGUUAUUUCGGAUAUGGACAGACUUCUUAUUCCCAACGGAGGUGAAGCUGUUAAAUUAAUUUCGCAACAAAUUCUGAAGGAAUUGAAGAGUUCCAAAUAACAUGAGUGAUUAAAUGUAUACAUGUAUGAAUGACACUUGUAUAUGUUCACCUCAAUCGAAUGCUAGAUAUUAAUAAGUAAAAAGUAAAUGAUUUAAUUUCAAUGGAAGAUUUAUUGCUAUUAAAUAAUUACAUUGAAGAAUUAUUUAUUUUAUUUAGUACUUAUUUUGAGUAAUGAUGAGUUAAAGUAAUUUAUACGUCCAUUAUUUAUGACAAAGUGCCAUUAUUGUGUAUGUGCAUUCCUUUUUACAUAAAUAUCAAAGAAAAAAUGUCUUCAAGACAAGUUAGUUAAAAAAUUAUGUUUGUCAUUUAAUUAUUGUUUAAAUAUUUUAAAAGUUAGUUAUUAUUUUACUGUUAUUGGCUAUUUAAUAGCUUCUGCCUAAUUGAUAAGCAAUGUGAAUACGUAUUUAUAUUAAUUAAAAAAAAACAAUUAUUGAUGGUGUACAAUUUAUAUCUUUACAAUUUGCAAAAUUGCAAGUU